CUGAAACGCUUACAGUCUGAUGUGCGCAAAGAGUGACCUUUGGACCUUGGGACGUUGUAUGCCUCUGAUCGGUAUAAAUUAUGGGAUUUGAUUUGGAUCGCUUCAGCGCUAUAGUGGACCCUGACUUUACAUGCAACCUGUGUGAUAAAGUUUUAGAAGACCCGCUGACAACUCCGUGUGGGCACGUCUUCUGUGCCAGCUGCGUAAUUCCUUGGGUCGUGCAGCAAAACAGUUGUCCCGUCAAAUGUCAGCGUGUCUCUACUAAAGAACUGAACCACGUAUUGCCUCUAAAAAAUCUUAUCCUUAAAUUGGACAUAAAAUGUGACAAUUCUGCAAGAGGCUGCAAGCGAGUGGUGGCGCUCCAACAUCUGGCCGAGCAUACCGAGAUGUGCGACUUUUCUCCGGCGAAAUGCAGAAACAAGGGCUGUAAUGAAGUGCUGAAUCUGAAGGAUAUGGAUUCACAUAUGCGUGAAACGUGUGAGUACAGACCGGUGGAAAUUUGCGAGAAUGGCUGUGGAUUGAUGCUGCUGCACAAAGACCAGAAAACGGACGAUCAUUGUUGUUUGAAAGCGCUCAAAGCGCACAACGGCGUACUCCAAGUCAAAAUAGCCAGUCUGGAGAAGGAACUGAAGAGACAAUCGCUGAGAGCUAUCAGCAGAGAGAAAUCUUUACUUGCUCAACUCUCUGCGGUUCAUAGCGAGCUUCAGAUGACUGCCUUGAAAUAUCAGAGGAAAUUUGCCGAGUACAACGCACGGCUUGACUCACUCUCCAAGAGCAGAACCACUACCUUCAAGGAUGGGGAAACCAGGAGUCUGAAAGUGAUCCUGCAUCGAUCAUCUGGAUCUUUGGGCUUCAAUAUCAUGGGUGGCAGAUCCUGUGGGGAUCCUGAAGAGGAGCAUUUGACUGAGGGGAUUUUUGUGUCAAAAGUGGUGGAGAAUGGCCCAGCAGACAAAGAGGGCGGUCUGCAGGUUCAUGACAGGAUUAUGGAGGUGAAUGGCAGGGACCUGUCCAAGGCAUCUCAUGACCAGGCUGUGGAGGCCUUCCGUCUGGCCAGAGAGCCCGUGGAGGUGCAGGUGCUGCGACGGACGUCCGGCACACACACACCGACAGCGGCGGCGGCGGCAAUGGUGUCCAUGUCCGGCAGAGCGGCCUGCAGCCACAGGGGAGUGGACAGCAGCACGCAGACGGACAUCACGCUGGAGCACAUCUCCACGCUCACCCAGAUGCCCGCCUCCUCUCUGGGGCCUCUGGCCAUGCCCAUGCCCAUGCUGGGGGAAUUCCUGCUACCCAAAGAUUGCAUGCCAAACUGUGACUGUUUUUACUCCAGCGAAUACCUAGAAGGCAUUCAGCAAGAGCUUGACAGAGAGGAGCUAGAAUAUGAGGAGGUGGCUCUACAGAGAAUGAGCAGCCAGGACAAGCUGGGCCUGACGUUGUGCUACCGCACUGACGAGGAUGAGACUGGGGUGUACGUCAGCGAGAUUGAUCCAAACAGUAUUGCAGCAAAAGAUGGGCGCAUUCGAGAAGGUGACAGAAUCAUUCAGAUCAAUGGUGUGGAGAUCCAGACGCAUGAGGAUGCAGUGGCCCUGCUGGCCAGUGAGAAGAGCAGAAAUGUGUGUCUCCUCUUGGCUCGGCCCGAGUGCCAGCUGGACGGAGGCUGGUUGGAGGACGACAGGAACGACUUCCUGGACGGGCUGCACAUGGACAUGCUGGAGGAGCAGCAUCACCAGGCCAUGCAGUACACGGCCAGCAUGCUGCAGCAGAACAUGCACCCUGGGUACGCGGGGAUGCAUGACGGCGUGGCCAUCCUGUCCCACCACCACGAGAAGGACAGUGGCGUGGGCCGCACGGACGACAGCACCCGCAACGACGAGAGCUCCGAGCAGGAGAACGCGCACGACGACGCCGCCGUGCUGCUGGGCGACCCUCGCGCCGUCCGCGCCUACAGCCGGGACACGCUGGGCAGCAGCGGCGACGGAGACGCGCACCUGAGCAACGACUCCUUCUUCUCGGCCGACGCCGACGCCGACUCCCUGGGCCUCCUGGAGGACGAGUGCGAGCACUUCCGCGAGCUGCUGGAGCUCAAGUACCUGGUGCGCGGCGGCGGUCACGGGUAUGGAAGCGGCGGUGUCGUCCCGUGGCAGGGCGCCCACCCCGGCGCGGGUAUGGGCGGCGUGGUGAUGCCCGUGGACCCGGAGCUGGAGUUCCUGAACGCUGAGCUGCGGCACAUCGAGCUGGAGUGCCAGAGCAUCGUGCACGCUCACCACAUGCAGCGGCUGCACGGGCAGGUGUGCGGCGCAGGAGGAGGAGGCGAUGUAGGCGUACGAGGAGGAGGAGGAGGAGGAGGAGGAGGAGGUGAUGCUGCCGAGCCCUGGCUCCAUCGCAACGGACUCCACCGGACGGACGCGCGGCACGCCGACCUCCGGGGGGCGAUGAUGAUGGAGCCUCUGGACGACGCGGAGGUGGACAAGGACAGCUCCAGCGCCUACAACACGGGCGAGAGCUGCCGCAGCAGCAGCACGCCGGGCCCCAGCACGCUGGACCUGUCGUCCUCCACCAGCUCCACCCAGAGACACGCCAGCGACGAGCCGGCCCAGCACAAGCCCGACGCCACCAGGGCCUCCAGCCACCCGCUCUCGCCCAUCCGCGAGUCCCGCGCCAGCCCCUCCCGGAGCCGUCUGUCCGGCAAGCCGGCGAAGGUCGCACCGCCGACGCCGCCGACGACUGCUGCAUCGCCGGCGGGGAGCAGACAGGACGAGGCGGCGUCGAGGAGCCCGGCGAAGUCGAAGUCGCCGUCUCGCUCGCCCUACAAGCACGCGCACAUCCCGGCGCACGCGCAGCACUACCAGAGCUACAUGCACCUGGUGCAGCAGCGCUCGGCCGUGGAGUACGCCCAGAGCCAGACCAGCCUGGCCAGCGCCUGCUGCGGGGAGCGGGACGACGGCGCCCCCCCCCGGCCCUCCGAGUCCCGCGGGGGCGGGGGCAGCGCAGCCAGCGGCGACGGCGGGCCCAAGGACGAGUGGAAGGUGAAGGUGCGGAGCGACGGCACGCGCUACAUCACCAAGCGUCCGGCGCGCGGGCGGCUGCUGCGCGAGCGCGCCCUGCGCAUCUGCGAGGAGCGCUGCGGCCUCACCACCGACGACGACGCCGCCAGCGAGCUCAAGAUGGGCCGCUACUGGAGCAAGGAGGAGCGCAAGCAGCACGCCAGCCGCGCCCGCCAGCAGCGCCAGCGCCGCGAGAUGGUCAAGCAGAGCCGCGCCGACGCCACCGGCCCGCGGGACUCCUCCUCCUCCGCCGCCGCUACCGGGGGGGUCAGGGGGAGCAGCGGAGGAGAGGGAACGGACGACAAGCGCGAGCCCGACAUCAUCGAGCUCAGCCACAAGAAGAUGAUGCGCAAGAGGAACAGGCGGAUCUUCGACAACUGGAUGACCAUCCAGGAGCUCUUGGCGCACGGUACGAGGUCGCCGGACGGCACGCGUGUCUACAACUCCCUCCUCUCCGUCACCACGGUGUAGGUGAGCGCCUCCGGAGCGAGGACCGCCUGGAUUACCGGGACCUUGCAAGGGUGUCGGGCUUCCAAGGCAGAGGGCCCUAAUUUAAAUGAAGAGCAAAGGGCAAAGUUCUUAAGUUACUCAACUAAAGCUAAUUUGAUAACGUUGGAAAAUACCUCAUUUAUUACCACGUGCUAGAUCCUAAGCACAAAGAUCUGUAGGUCUGCUCAAUACUCCACCACAUCAGCACACCAUCGCUUUAGUUUACACACAAGACACUUUGCUCUUUGCCCAACCAUUUAUACAAGGGCCCAGAGACUCACAAGAAAAUUGGAAGAGAGACCACAUACUGUUUGGAGUGAAGUAUCCUGCCCCCUUUGAUGGAACAAUCACAGCCAUAUUAGAGAAGAGGAGCCUGCUAAACAGACUACGGAGACCAAAAGCUGGAUUUAUGGUAGGAAGUGUGUCAGUGACCAAAUGAGUGUGCACGAUUACGUACGGAUGUGAGGAAGAACUGUGUCAGUGAUUGAAACAAACUUCUCCCUCCAGACUUUUGUCAUUGUUCUCUUUCAAUCGAUAUCCCAGGGAAGGCCUCACUGACCACAGACAAGGAUUUGUGAAUGACAUGUAUGUAUUUUUGUACAUAACUCCCAUUAAAGAUUUUCUCAA